AAAUCUUCAUGAAUGUUUAAUUUAUUUACAUUCUUCAUUAUAUGCACUGGUUAAAUGAAAAAAAAAUAGAAAGUGUUUUCAAUUAAUUCCAUAUUUAUAUUAUUUCAGAAAAACAUAAUUUUGACAAAUCAUUCCACUUUUUAAAAUAUAUUAUAAUAAGUGGAAUAUUAAUUCUAUUUCAUUAAAUUCUACUAAUAUUUUUUUUUCAUUCUAUCUAUAUGUUUAAUACUAAUAACCAGUUACAGGCAAACACUAAAUUUCUUAGUCGCCACAGGUCAAAAUAUAUACUCUAAUUGGAAUCAACCGUCGUGACAGUACGAGGGAGCGUGCAUCAGUUGGUUUCAUACUUCACAAGCAAUCCAGGUAAAUUUGUAGGUAUGGAUCGGGUUUGAUAUAAUACAUAGGUUUUGAUUCUAAUUUAUAUCACAUCUCAAAACCCACGAAGUAAUCCAUGUAUCAUUUACAUUCGAAAUAUAUUGAUUCGGCUCGGAUAUAUCCAAAGUUAAACCCAAAAUUUAAAAGCAAAACAUAAGAAAUAAACAUUUAUUUAUAUCUAAUUAGAUCUUUAAGGUACUUAUUUAAAAUUUAAAUACCUGCUGACAAAAAAAAAAUUUAAAUACCUAUUUUAAAAUAUCAUUACAAAAUAAAUACAUAAUUGAAUAUUUAAAGUACAUAUUUAUGUUUCAAAUAUUUUAUAUUUGUGAUUAAUUUGAACAUCCGGAUCGAUGUUUUGUAUUUUUUGGAUUAUCCAUUUCAUAUAUAUUUUUGACCACUUUACAAGAAUCCAUUCUGUUAUUCUUUUUACAUUUUGAACUGAGUACAAAUUGAUUUUUUUGUUUGGAUAUGAAUCAAAUUUCGGGUUAUGGAUUUUAUACACAUGCCUAUUUUAAAUAAAGAUAAAAUGCGAAUUUAUAAAAGAUUUAACGAAAAAUUAUCUCGCGCUUUAAAGUGCGGAUCAAAAUCUAGUAUUUUCUUAUUUUAGCAGUAUAAAAUGUGGUGAAAAAGGAACACAAAAUUUAAUGAAAAUAUAGUUUUUUAUUUUAGUUUUAUUUUUAAAUUCAUUUAUGUUAAGUUAUAGGAACAAAAAAAAAACAUUUUGUAUUUAUUAUUUUACAUGCAAAUAUCUGAAUAUUUAUGUAUAUAUAAAUGAGUUUUGAAAACAAAUUUGGGGCCCACAUUGUACAAAUGUUUCUUGGGACUGCCCACAGGUCCGGCUCGCUCAGUACCAUAAUUGAAGACGACUGCCUAGAAGACUGAAAUGUAUAUAAAUAGAUAGUCUCCCUCCCACAGACUAUCCAACUUCCUCUCAGCGACUUUUCGUGUUUCUCUGCUGCUGCAACACACGCACAUAUCUCUGUUUCUUAGCCAUAGGGACAGCUAGCUUAUCAUUCUCUCCAUAGUCCCUUUUUGGAAAAAGCUAACGUUGGAUCGAACUUCCUCAAGAAUUGGAUUGGUCUACGUGAGUACCAACGAAGGCUACGAUGACGGCCCUAGUUGAUCUGAUCGAGGUAGCCAAAGUACGGAGGACCGUAUGGUGGGCCUUGUGUAUCUUCUUCCUCACGUACUUCUUGACCCAUACAAGUAAGUCUAUGUGGAUGAAUUUGCCAGUGGCAGUUCUCAUUCUUUACUGUCGUUCAGUUCUUUUGAAUCAGAAUGAGUUCAGAAGGAAAGUUAUGCCAGCUCCAAGACAGAGCCACUUGUAUUUUCCCAGCAGGAAGCAGUUGUCCUUGAAUGAUGCUCGUCUUUCCACUACCCCACCUCCUUCAAUGUGGAAGUACAAGAUUAACUCUCCUGUAGUGGAAGCUGCGAUCAAUGAUUUUGUAGAUAAGAUCCUUGAUAAUUUCGUGAAAAAUUUGUGGUACUCUAUCACUCCAGACAAAGAGUUCCCUGAACUGAUCCGUGGACUGAUCAUGAAUGUCGUUGGUGAAAUUUCGGUGAGGGUAAAAGAAAUAAAUAUCUUCGGCUUAAUCAGGGAUAUAGUUGACCUGAUAGGUGAUCAUUUGGAGAGUUUUAGAAGAUACCAAGCUGCUAUUGGUAAAGAUGUUAUGAAGACAUUGUCAUCUGAGGACAGAGAUAAAAAGUUGAGGGGCCAUCUUAUGGCUUCUGAGGAGCUUUAUCCUGCACUCAUAUCAAAAGAGAGUGAGUACAAGGUUCUUCAGAAAAUAGUUGCUGGCAUAUUAUCUGUGUUUCUCAGACCAGGAGAAUCUCAGUGCCCCUUUGUUCAAACGAUAGCUAGAGAGCUUUUGACUUGCUUGGUAUUUCGACGUCUUGUGAAUUUUGCAUCCCCCGACAGCAUUUCUUAUAAUGAAGACAUUGAGUUACUUGAAGAGAGCACCCAAGGGGAAGAUGAAAUUGUUUCAGAAGCUAAUGGGUGGCACUCAGAUAAUGAAUUGGACUCCAAGUAUGUCCCACCAAGAGUGGUUAGACGUCUUGGAGAGCCUGAGAAUCCACCCUCAGAAAUGGAAAAUGAUUUAAAGGAGUUGAGCGAUUCACAGCACGCAGAUCCAUCCACAAGUUUGGUUCACAAUCCGACUGACAUGCCACCUGAGGGGAUGCCGCCCAAUGUCGUUGAGCUGAUAUUGAACCUAGUUGAUAAAGUGUUUCAGUUAAAUAGAGGAGGUUGGUUAAGGACGCAAGUUUUCUCGGCAUUGAAGAAAAUGUUACUAUUUAUGGAAGAUCCUGUGAAUGACUGGCUUCAGAGGAAGAUCCGUUGGCUGCGGAAUGAAGACACAGUAGCUCAUGGAAUACGUUUGGCUCAAGAUCAAUUAUGGCCAAAUGGCGUGGAUCAGACUGACUCUAGUUCCCUUGAGCAGCUACUCAAGGCUGGAGUUAGUAAAAUAAAGGAAUUCCUUUUCAAUAAGGCCCCAAAAGCUUUAGUGAGGGUAUGCGCUAGAGACAUCCAUCAUUUCACUCAGUCAAACGUAAGCGUAAAGCAACUAAUAUUUGCAAUACUGGAGCUGCUACUUCGAAAGGUUUUCCCCGAGCUGGAAGAUCUUUUGAGAGACAUAAGGGAGAAUCCUCCGCAUGGUCGAUCAGAGUAAGAACGAAGGUCGCCUUGUGAUUGGCUUGAACCAGUUGCCUAGCUUUUCUCUAUGUUAAUUUUCUAUUUGGGUUCUUUAUAUAGUAUAGCUAUUAUUCCAUGUGUGUAAGAAAAACAAGUGGUAAUAUCAAUUCUUGUGAGUUUCUUUUUUGA